CUCCAACCAAUUUUUAGAAACAGACUCCAGCGAUUUUUUUUGGAAACGAACUCCAAGCCUCCUGCCAUUUAAAAGUAAUUAAAGCCCACUAAUUAAAAGUUCUUUCCAUGGUUCCAUCGAAGACACCAACGAAGGUGAUUCAAACCGGCGGCGAUUGACAAGCUCCAUCGAAGACCACAACGACGGAGGUGCUCCGAAGCGGCGGCGAAAGAAUUACAGGCGAGAAGAAGAUUGGUGGCGGCUGCAACCAUGGAAAGAACACCAAGUGAUUGGCCACACCCUGAGUGGCAUGCGCCCUGGAAGAACUACAGGGUCAUCAGCGGGCACUUGGGUUCGGUGCGGUCUGUUGCAGUGGACCCCAGCAAUGCGUGGUUCUGUACAGGCUCAGCAGAUAGAACAAUCAAGAUCUGGGAUUUAGCAACCGGGACUCUAAAGCUCACCCUUACUGGUCAUAUUGAACAAAUAAGAGGCCUUGCAGUUAGCAGCAAACAUACCUACAUGUUCUCUGCUGGUGAUGAUAAACAAGUCAAGUGCUGGGACCUAGAACAGAACAAGGUCAUUCGGUCUUAUCAUGGUCACUUAAGCGGUGUUUAUUGCUUGGCUCUACACCCCACCCUUGAUCUUCUGCUUACUGGGGGUCGUGAUUCUGUGUGCAGGGUUUGGGACAUCAGGAAAAAGACUCAAGUUCAUGCUUUUUCAGGGCAUAAGAACACAGUUUGCUCUGUUCUUGCUCGGCCGUUGGACCCUCAAGUGAUUACAGGCUCAAAUGAUUCAACUGUGAAAUUCUGGGACCUCAGGAAUGGGAAGACCAUGUCAACACUCACACACCACAAGAAAUCUGUCCGGGCGAUGGCAUUGCAUCCAAAGGAGGAUGCUUUUGCGUCUGCCUCUGCUGACAACAUAAAGAAGUUUAAACUCCCAGAAGGAAAGUUUCUGCACAACAUGCUUUCCCAGCAGAAAGCAAUUAUCAAUGCCAUGGCUAUCAAUGAGGAAGGUGUGUUGGCUACAGGAGGUGAUAAUGGGAGCUUGUGGUUCAGGGAUUGGAGGAGUGGCCACAAUUUUCAGCAAUCACAGACAAUUGCUCAACCUGGGUCACUGGAAAGUGAGGCUGGCAUCUAUGGAAUGGCAUAUGAUGUCACUGGUUCAAGGCUGAUUACUUGUGAGGCAGAUAAGACCAUAAAGAUGUGGAAAGAAGACGAAAACGCCACCCCAGGAACACAUCCUCUUCACUUUAGGCCCCCUAGAGAUAUUAGUCGCUUCUGAAUGGUGGCUUGUUUUCUGUACCCCUAGAGAUUUCAUAAUCAUGCUAUCUAAACUGUAUGAAGAAGUACAUUUCAUAUUAGUCUAUUAGUUGUAAGCAUCUCUAAUCUCUAUACUUACAUUAUUCUAAAACAUCUACAUGCUAAAAGCUUAAAAUUUCAAAACUUACACAAGUUCCUCAGGAAAAGAGUUCAGGACUUCUAUUGAUUGGAUAAUGUCUUCUCAUAGUUUCAUGUACACAUGCUAAUGUUUUGUUCUUUCUCUCAUCUACACCCAUGAUUUAUUGGC